AUGGACGAGGCGUCAAGGCUGGUGUCUGAGCUGCACUCGAAGCUCGCGGCGCUGGACGAUAAAGUCGCCCGCUAUCAGCGAGACAUGGCGUCGGAAUUCACCAAAUACGCGGCAGAUCUUCUGCGAAAUGUACCAAAGGAUGUUUCUGACGAUGUGUCGAGGAGAAUUGCUGAGUCGGUGAGGGAGUAUCCAUCGUUGAAGCUCGACCCAGGCACCAUUGAGUCAUGCGCCGACGCGACAGGCUGCAGCAACAGUGGCGGAGUCGAUUCACCAAAUGGAGAUUUGAUAGUAACAGAACAUGUAGAGAGGGCACAGGAAGACGAGGAGGACCCUCCACGAAGCCCGCACGAACGAGAAAAAGAAUUCCAGGGACUCUUUACACCCUUUUACCUACCUCUCCUCGAUAGUAACGAUCGCAACGAACGAAGGUCGAGCAGUGAUUUGAAGGCAGCAGUACCAGUGCCUAUAACAGACACGAAUACCAUGGAUAAUGCGGGAGUCGACGCCAGUACGGAUACAAGAUCACUAGCAGGCACUCCAGAGCCACCCAGACCGCCCCUCCCCAAACGAAGAAAUACAGACGAAGUAUCCUCAGGGUCUUCGGAUUUGGGCGACGGGAUCACUCGUCGAAGUGCAUUGCGCAGAUCCUCUACUUCGUCCACAAGAAACAGCCCACGUCGAGUACGAUUCGAAGUCGAAGGUGAGGAGGUCCUUCCCACAUCCUCGCCAUAUACCUCCGAAUUACAGAUGACGCAAGACCUACCAGUAACAUACCAAAUACUUGGCGAAGAUUUGGAAGACGUUGGUGAAUCGGAACAGAUAGAGGAUAUAGAGGAUAUAGAUGAAGAACAGGAUCUAGACGAAGAACCACCCCCUACAAGACGCGUCUCCUCGUCGCAAGCAUUGAGAGCGUUGUCCCGAGGUCCAUUCGUAGACGACGGGACUCAAUGGACAACCGUCUCUGCGCCGCCUGAUGGUUCAGCUUCAAUUGCUGUCUCGGGUGAUUCACCCGCUCUAUCUACACAAUCAUCCACGGACGACUUACCAAUCAUCAACGGCAUUUCACGUGCACCGCCAGAAGAAAAUAUUUUAAGCUCAGACUCGCCGACGUCUGUGUUUACAUCCCAAAACACAACUGCAAACAGCCGAUUGGCUCAACCACAAGCAAUGCCUUCCUCUGACGACAUUCUAGCGCGACAUGAGUCUGACGACCCCGAAUAUAUGUCUGACGAAGAAGAAGAUGAUAUGCUAGAUAUGCCUGCACUUACAUCCAUGAAAGGAAAACGAUCUAACGCGCCUCAACCUUCCUCUCUCUCUUCUUCUGGUGCCACCCCAACGCGAUCUCCAACUGCAGCUACCAUGACCCGCGGGGUUGGUUCCAUGAAUCUUCUCGAUAUCGACCAGAAAAAGGCCACUGAUGAGCUAGGCAAAUUACGAUUCUCCGCCGAUGAUGAAGAUGAGAUGUUCACGUUCGACGACAACGACCAUCGCCCAAGCCCUCCAGAAGAAGAAGACGAUGAUUCUGAACCCGAGAGUUCUUCCCCUAUAUCUCCGACUUCACCUGGAUCUGGCGAUGACGUACGUGAAGCUUCAGGCCUUUCGAAAUCUCCAGCACGUCCUAUCGUCAAGCCUGCAAGUCGCCGUGAGAUGGGUUCUUCUGGAUCUGGAGCUACAGGUUCCUUGAGGGGCCACCCAUUUCAAAUGCCUAUUGUCAGUCCUGACGUGCACGCGGCAGCCGCUUCUAUGGGAGACUUCAAUUCAUUCGUCGGCAGUGUCCACGGGCGUAGUGGUGUGGAUGACUGUGACCCAAUGGCAUUCAGAAACAGCAUCGGCAAACCAACCUACCAGGGCAACGUUCGACCGCUGACCAUGCAAGACCGCCUAGCACACGAUGAAUACCAUAAGGGGAAACAAGCAGAUACUCCGAUUGAGUCGCCAAAGAACAAAUAA